AUUGUAGAUUCUAGAUACUAGUACUAGACCUAGAUAUCUAGAUAUAUUCUAUUAUAUACUAUCUAGAUCUAGAUAUAGAUCUAGGCCUAUAUGCCACUAUAUGGGGAUGGAGAACCUGUACGAUAUUUUGCAGUCCAACCCAGGUGCUACAGUGGAAGAGUUAAAGAAAGCUUACACGCAGUUAAUACUGAAGUACCACCCAGAUAAAACUCCACAGAAGCACAAUUUACCAGCCUCUCAGACUAACACCGAAAAGUUUAUCCAAGUUGACAGGGCUUGGAAGAUUCUCAGUGACCCAGAGCUGCGGGCUCAGUUUGAUGCCAAAUGGUACGAGCGCAGUCUCGUCCAGGAUUUACCCAUCCAAGAGACUGUACAUAUUAAAGAUUUUGACUUUGACUCCUGUGAAAAUGUGUACACGUACCCAUGCCGCUGCGGAAGUUGUUAUGUGCUGUCCGAGCUGGAGUCCCAAGUCCGUUUUGACAUUGUCUGCUGUGAAACCUGCUCAUUGACAGUACAAGUGAUAUAUGAGGAAAAAUUAUGAUACUUAUUUUAGGUAGUGUUGUUUUUUUCUGAAUUAAAAACUGUAUUUAAAGAUAUUGUUUAUUGGUAAUUGUUUUAAAAACAACUGAUCUAAUCAAAUUUACAGUGUAAAUUCAAAAAUAAAUUAGAUUGUGAAAGAGAUUAACUGAUCAAGUAUGUCAAAAAUGGUAGUUUUGAAUGCAAAGUAGCCAGAAUGUUCUAGAAAUAAAUGUGCUUUAUUUAAAUCAUGUAAUAACACAUUCUUUGUAUAACAGUUUUUUGUUUUACUAGUUUAUUCAUUUUUUUAAAUAAUGCAUUCACAAAUUCAUAAAAAGUACAUGAAAUGCAAUCAACAAAUGUAAAUAAUUUAUUGUGUGAGAAUAAUACAGGGCUAGUUGAUCAAAAAAUUGUUACUUGCCGUAAGAAAUGAAUGGAACAAUAUAUUAUUGCUUAGAAUAUUAGGAUUUGAUCAACAUUGCUUAAAAAUUAACACACUUAGAUGAGGAGAUUGAUGGAAAAGUAAAGUUAAGAUCAAAAUGUGUCAUGAUUACUUAACAAAGCAUUAUUAACUAAUUAUUAAACAUGUUGACAUGGUUCUGGUGGGGCUUCAGUUUCAUUCAACAAUAACUCUAGGUAACACUGUUAAUAAAAAAAACCUUCAGUUUAUUAUACAUUAAUUUUUGUCUAAUUUGUUAAGAAGGCAUCUUCAAGCUGAAAUAAGAAAGAUUUAUAAUAUUUAACAACUAACACAGCAUUUUGCAUUUCUUAAUUUUACAAAAAAAAAUGUCUGUGGUGUGCAACUUUGGUUCUCAAAUUUUUUGUUCAAAAACAAAAAACAAUUACAAUUGCUAUAUAACUGAAAUUGGUGGCAUCAGGUUAGAGAAAAAGUGUUAAUAAAACAGUUUUUAAUUACAAAUGGAAUGUACAGUGGAAUGCUUAAGUGAUAAAAGUUAAAAUGUAUGAACAAUAUAUGGGCAAAAACAUCAUUUUUACUUGUUUAAGUUUUUAGCAUGAUGAA